AUUGGAAUUAGUUGUGUUCAUUAUGAAAGUGUUUUCUGCGGUGAUGUGUACGGUUCUAAUGUUUUUUAUUUUUGAUACAGUAAAGGGCGAUGUGGUCAGUUUCUUCACUGCAAUACCAACGGAAAUUGGGAACGCAUUCAGUAAUGCCUGGGAUAGGAUCAGCGAAACAAUAAGAAGACCUGUGCGCAUAAAAAGAUUAGGGAGAGGUGGAAGACGUAAAACGACAUCAAAAGUCACACCACUGGAAACUACAACAACACCAGAAAUUAGAGUCACAAGAGCGUAUUUCCUAAGCUCAAGGAACCCUAAUUUCUUGAACCAUGCGAUACCUGUAAUACCGAAACCAAGCUGGCAUUCAUUAUUCCAUAGAAUGGGAUUUCCAGAAGAUUUUAUAAAUUCAAAAGAAAAUGUUGAGGUUGCAGGCUGUGGUUCAAAACAAUGCAAUACAUACGGCGGUGUGGUACAUAAGACAAAGGUUGGAUCUGACGGUUACGACAGUGCUAUUUACAGAAUUUUGUUCUUUGUUUAA